UCUGUUGACACCGGAAGUGUCUCCACGAGCUACCGCUGCCACGACCUGAGUUCGUCCCUUCGCUGGACGUUGAUCUGGACUUUAUCUCACCUCGAAACGAACCAGGUCCGAGUUAAAGUCGCUCCGGGGCUAACCCGCACUCUAACCCGGGUUUGUGAGUGACGUCACUGAGACCCAGAGGACAUCACAGUGAGCGAUGAGGAGACAACGGUCGCGUUCGCUCCUGAAGUGAGAAGAUAAAUUAUCAUUUCCUGACUUUUUCCUCAAAUGGAUUCAGGGAAAGUUGUUCACAGAAAGAAACCGGAGAUCCCCGGAGCAGCAGACAUGAGGCAGCACCUGGAGGUCAAUGCCAAAAGUCUGGAUUCAACCAAGGUGAUUCGUCUCCUUGAAGAUCCACUGACGGCUAAUUUGAAGGAGAGGCACCUUUUUGUCCUGAAGAAACUAUUGAAGAGAAGCCAAAUUGGUUUUCUGUUGAAGGAUCUGAAAGACGUCGCCAGAAUUCUCAAUAUCUGUGCUGAGAAAGUGAAUGAGCACCUUGAGUAUCUGCCCAUAUUGUGUGAGGCUCUUAAAAUCUGCAGAUUUCCCUUCCUGAAGGAGAAAGCCUCUGAUGAGCUGAACUACGCUCAGGACGUCAUAGAGUUCAUCUCCCACUUGGGGUGUCUCAUGAGGGUGUCAGAUGCCGAAGUGAGACAACAGAUAGUUGAAACUGUGAAAUCAUUCUACAACCACGUGGCUCCCAAACAUCUGCACGACGGUCUCCAGUCAACCUCCCCAGGCUACAGGCUUCAGCUGCUGGAGCUCAGUGACGUGGCCCAGACGCUGCUCCUCUCCAUGAGCACCCUGGAGAACCAGCCCACCAUCAAGCUGCAGCUCCUGAAGACCCUUCAGAUCCUCUCAGGCUCCUCUGAUAUGAACUGUGCUUUAAUGCUGAAUGCACGUGGAGCCGAGACAAUCUGUCUCCACAUGAACGAGCCCGACCCGUCCGGUGAGGUCCUCGUCCACUCCUCAGAAAUCCUCUGGAACCUGCUGGAGAGAGGCAGCAAGGACACGGUCACCGCUCAGCUCAGCAGCAUGGAGUGCACUGUAUCUCUGAAGGAAGCCUUCUUCCACCAGCUGAUGAGCGGCUUCCAACCUUCAGACCUCCAACUCAGAAACGAUCUGCUCGUGAUCACAACUCUCAUCGCUGAAAACUCCAACCAUCUGCUCAUCGAGAGUCUAUUUGCGAAGCAGCUCAUGGUGUUCGUCACGUUUCCUGAGUUGAAAACUCACAAUCCCCUGGUUCGCAAUUUCAAACUCAGCUACAACAGCGAGGACUUGAAGAUGAAGAAGAUGCUGUUGAAUCUGUUGGUUUUGAUGUCGAAGGAUUUGGCCGCGCUGCAGCUCUACAGAGAGGAGCAGGUGAUGCUGGCCCUGCUGACGCUCGUGAAGCCGCCUGCUGCCACCGCGGCUGGGCAGCGAUCGGGUGGGCGUCACUGGUCCUCCAUCCAGCAGGAGGAGCUCCAGCUGCAGGCACUGGCCACGCUGGCCACCAUCGCUCCGCUCAUGCUGGACGAGUACGUGGCAUGUCUGGGAAACGCACGCCUGCUGCUCCUGGUGGACUGGUGCACUGGGCAAGAUUCCUACUUUGGUGAUUGUCACAGCUUCCAUGGCACGGGAGGCCGAGGCAGUAAGAAGGCUCAGAUGAGGCACUGCAUCAGAGUUCUCAGAUCUGUGACGUCUCUCGGUGAAGAGUCCGUCCUCCAGGACCUCUGUGACCAAGGAACCAUCAGUCAGCUCAUGGGGAUUUUGAUGCAGAUGGAGGCGAGUCCCGAUGAGGAGGAUCUGGUGACGCUGGAGAUAAAGUCCGACAUUCAGCUGAUUCUUUCAGCGCUGUGUGAGAACGACAUGCACAGGAAGGAGCUGUUCGGAGCUGAGGGAGUUGAGAUGACAGUUCAUUUCCUGAAGAAAGGCCCGGACAAGUUCUACAGCGGCCUGGGUCACAACAAGCUCAUCCUCUCCACGGUCGACUGUGUGUGGUCCUGCAUCGUGGGCUGCUACACCACAGAGGAUUAUUUCUUGGUUAAAGAAGGAGUGUUUCUUCUGCUGGACUUACUCGUUUCGAGCCCGAGGUGUGUGCACGCCAUUGUUCUCGCCACCCUGUUGGAGUUAUGUGACAACCCCAACACCCUGAGUCACAUCCUGAGCUGGAGGGACGAGGGCGGGCGGACAGCGUCCAGUCUCCUGCUGCAGCUGUGGAGGCUGGAAGAGGAGGAGCUGGGAGUCACCCGAGACCAACACGGAGGGAUAGCAGAUCCCCAGAGGAUGGUCCUCAGGCGUGACCAGGAGGACACCCAGCUGUCGUCGAACACGCCGAGUGCAGCAGUGAUGGAGAUAUCAGAGAACCUGCGCUCGAAGAUUUACUCCAUCUUCUGCAAACUUGGUUUUCUGGACCUCCCCGGAUUGUCAGCCAAAGAUUAUGUGACUCUGGGCAUCAUCAGGAGAUAUCUGGACUUUAAGGUCGGAGAGGUGUGGGACGAGGUCAGCAGGGAGCUGGUCCUAGACGGCGUGAGGCCGAUCAGCCCGGACCAGGAGUCUCUGAGCCGAAUCUGUAAGAUCCCAGAGGACACCGCCAGGAAGGUGAUGAUGGAACAAAUCAGCAUCCUGGAGCAGCAGAAGAAGGAGGAGGCUUCUGAGGAGGAGAUUGUGUACUCAGAGAUAAAGUCUCACUGGAAGCAACGGGAGCUCACAGCGAAGUCUUGGGACAGUUAUGUCUCCAAAACCUCGAACUAUGAGAUCCUGAAGGAGGUAAAAGCCCAGAGGAAGGAAGACAUGGAAUCAUCCAGACCCAGACGAACGGAGGCGGAUCCUGCGGUCCAUCCUGCAGAGCAUUUCAUUGGGCAGGUGAUCGCAGCAGAGAGCUCUGAGGCUCAGGCAGGAGUGAAGCUGACUCUGAGCAAACCUCUGAUCCAGAGUCCAGGUCCGAACCCGGAGGAACCAGCAGCACGAGAACCAGAGCUCUUCAGCUCCGUGUCGGUCAAAGACGUUUAACACAAGAACUUUACUGCACUUUUAUCUCACAGCUUUCUUUUUCAUUUAAAAUCCUUAACAGAGCCAAAUAAAGAUUAUAUCAACA